GAAAUGUCCUCAAUGAUCUCUUCCCAGGGACUGUGGAUUGACAGAGCGAUUCCCUUUGAAGUGAAUGAAGUGACUCCUGCCCCUCUGGGAUGUCCUAGGUGAUGCCCAGUUCUACUGCGAUGGCCAUUGGGGCUCUUUCUAGUUCCCUCCUUGUGACCUGCUGCCUGAUGAUCGCUCUCUGUAGCUCCACUGCCCCCUUUCAAAAACUGGCCAAGGCUCAAGACAAGCAAGAGAUAAAGGCAAGCCAAGAAAAGAGGGACCACACGUCAGGCCGGGAGAACCAGAACCAGACGGGACCGGGAAAAACAAAUGACGUUGGCAGGAAUGGUAGAGAGGAGGGUACCAGAGACUGGAAGAACAAAAGCAGCAGGAAUUAUUCUAAUAAGGAAUCUUGGACUAAACAAAAACAAGCUGUGAGUAGCCAGGCAACCAGCAUUAAGUUUGGGAGCCUCCAAGCCCGCGAGCAAAUGGAUGGUGUUCAAGAGGAGCUUCCAGUUGUGGAAGAGUCCUCCUUUUUGGAUGCUGUGGCUAGUACUACCCCUGAACCUCCGGAGGAGUAUGCUUAUCCGGACUACCGUGGGAAAGGCUGUGUGGAUGAGAGUGGCUUUGUAUAUGCUAUUGGGGAGAAGUUUACACCAGGUCCCUCUGCUUGCCCUUGCCUUUGCACGGAAGAGGGACCGCUGUGCAUUCAGCCUGAGUGCCCUAGACUCCACCCCCGAUGUAUUCACGUGGACACUAGUCAAUGUUGCCCACAAUGCAAAGAAAGGAAGAACUACUGUGAGUUCCGGGGAAAGACCUAUCAGACCCUGGAAGAGUUCAUGGUUUCCCCAUGUGAGAAAUGCCGCUGUGAAGCCAACGGUGAAGUGGUGUGCACUGUAUCUGCUUGUCCUCAAACCGACUGUGUGGACCCUGUGUAUGAACCAGAUCAGUGCUGUCCCAUCUGCAAAAAUGGCCCCAACUGCUUUGCAGAAACUACAGUCAUUCCAGCAGGUCGAGAGGUGAAGACUGAUGAAUGCACGAUAUGCCACUGUACUUACGAAGAAGUUACUUGGCGAAUUGAACGGCAAGCAAUGUGUACCAGACACGAAUGCAAGCAAAUCUAGAACUGCAACUUCAGUGGACUCAGAUGAUUUUUUAUAAAAUAUUUCCAUGUGCCACAUGAUCUUUAGGGAAACGAGAAGAGACAUCAAACAAAACCAAGUUUCUUUUUGAGGACAAAGCAGCUGCAGAAACUUUCUUUUCCCACAGUAAAAUAAGCCUGCGGAAAUCAAAGACGGUUUGGACUUAAAAGUUCGUGUACUAUUAAAAUGUGUUAUAUUUCCACAGUGAGUACUUUAAAGUACACUCUAUCAAAGAUGAUAUUAUUUCUAUAAUCUCAUUAUAGAGUUUAAAAAUGUUUUAUAUAGAUGAUACAGAUUAAAAUACUAUAAAUGGUUGACUGUCUUCUUGCAUACCUGGCCAUGCCUCAAAUAAAAAUACUCUUUUAUGAUAUAA